AUGACGGCUUCGACGACUUCUUCCUCCUCCUUCACAUUGCCUGCCAUCAGCACCGUCUCCAAACGCCACCUCAGUGAUGCCCUCUUUGUGCACCGAGAAGCCGACCAGGACGUGAAGUCCUUUGAGUUUGACGCCACCAACAAGAAGCGAGCCGAGGCGAUUCUGCAGAACUACCCGACAGAGUACCGAAGCGCGGCGGUCAUUCCGCUGCUCGAUCUCGCUCAGCGUCAGCAUGGCUGGCUCCCAUUGAAGGCCAUGAACUACGUCGCCGACUACAUUGGCAUGCCGCGAAUGCGCGUCUACGAGGUGGCCACCUUCUACACCAUGUUCAACCGAACGCCCGUCGGCAAAUACCACGUCCAGGUGUGCACGACGACGCCCUGCAUGCUGCGCGGCGCCGAGGAGAUCCUCGCCGCGGUGAAGGACGCCUGCCAGGGCGACGCCCAGUUCACCGUCGGCGAGGUGGAGUGCGCCGGCGCUUGCGUCAACGCGCCGAUGCUCUCCGUCAACGACGACUACUACGAGGACCUGACCACCGAGGACGUGAAGGCGAUCAUCGGCGAGCUGAAGGCAGGGCGAAAGCCGAAGCCGGGGCCGUCGGCGCGGAGCGGUCGCUUCAGCUGCGAACCAGCGGGAGGGCUCACCUCGCUCAACACGCCGCCCACCGGGCCGGGCUUCAAGGUCCGUGGGGACUUGUAG